ACAUACUUUCUACGCAACUCCCUUUCCUCCCAGUUUUGUCCUUUAAAGCUCCCAUUAUAGCUUCCAAUUUCUCUGUGAUCCAUAUGGCUCUUGAACCUCUCAGGUUUUAGAAGCUCAGCUAAGCACAAUAGAGAGUUUAAUUAGGCCAUUAACAUAUCAUAUGGGUGUGACUAAGCCUCAUGUGCUUAUGCUGUUGAUCAUCAUGGUUGUCUCAAUUGCAGAGAAACCAUCAGUAAUAGAAGGAAGGGCUCUUUCCUUGAUAUCUGGUCAAGGGUACUCAAAGAUUUUUGCAACGCUUGGACUUGUAUGCAAGUGUUGUGAUGGGGUUGGAGGUGCCUGCACUAGUACAUGGACAGAAUCUUGCAAUAACUUGCAGUGUUUACCUUGGAAAUCACACUAGUUAAUUAUUUUCUGUAUCUUUCCUUGUAUUCCAUUAGCUGUAUAUUGAGUUUUGAAAUAUUAUACAAAAUUAAGCAGUCGGUGUUCUGUUCUGUGAAAUGUGAACAGUUUGACUUUGUGAUGAACUUUGAGAAGUAUCCAUGGUGUAUAAUGUGAGGCAAAUCAAUAACAAUAAUAAAUGGAUAUAUGAUCACCAAA